AUCCGGUGGGGCAGCGGUCCAGGGCUAGGAAAAAAAAAUCGAAGCGAGGAGGAGGAUCUGGUAACGGUGCGCUUUUGAAAUAUCAUAUACCCCGAGUCUCUAUCGAAAGGCUCGGUAGGAUUUUACAGUUUCUUCACAAAGGUUACAGGUCACAGAGAAGGGUUGUCGUCAUGGCAUCUGGAAGUACGAGCAGCGAAGAGGAGCGGAGCCUGAGGGAGUGUGAGCAGUAUGUGCAGAAACACAACAUUCAGCAGCUGCUGAAGGACUGCAUUGUCCAGCUGUGCACCUCCAGGCCGGAGCGGCCCAUGGCCUUCCUCAGAGAGUACUUUGAGAGGCUUGAGAAGGAGGAGGCCAAGCAGAUUCUGAGCCAGCAGAAGGCCAGCAGUUCCCGCUCAGACUCUCGUGAUGAGGAGGUGUCUCCACCCAUGAACCCCGUGGUAAAGGGUCGCCGACGAAGAGGCGCCUUCAGCGCAGAGGUUUACACAGAGGAAGAUGCAGCCUCGUAUGUCAGAAAGGUCAUUCCAAAAGAUUACAAAACAAUGGCUGCUUUGGCUAAAGCUAUCGAAAAGAAUGUGCUCUUCUCACACCUGGAUGACAACGAGAGGAGUGAUAUAUUUGAUGCAAUGUUUCCAGUCACCUACAUUGCUGGGGAAACCGUUAUUCAGCAAGGUGACGAGGGCGACAACUUCUACGUCAUUGACCAAGGGGAGAUGGAUGUAUACGUGAACAACGAAUGGGUGACCAGCAUCGGAGAGGGGGGGAGCUUUGGAGAGCUGGCGUUGAUCUACGGCACCCCGAGGGCGGCUACAGUCAGAGCCAAGACGAACGUGAAACUGUGGGGCAUUGACAGAGACAGCUACAGGAGAAUACUUAUGGGAAGCACUUUGAGAAAAAGGAAGAUGUACGAGGAGUUCCUCAGGAAAGUGUCCAUUUUAGAGUCUCUUGACAAAUGGGAGCGCCUGACGGUGGCCGAUGCCUUAGAACCUGUUCAGUUUGAGGAUGGACAGAAGAUCGUGGUGCAGGGAGAGCCUGGAGAUGAGUUCUUCAUCAUCUUGGAGGGUUCUGCAGCUGUUUUGCAGCGGCGCUCUGAGAAUGAGGAGUUUGUUGAAGUGGGAAGAUUAGGACCAUCAGAUUACUUUGGUGAGAUCGCUCUGCUGAUGAACCGUCCCCGCGCUGCCACCGUGGUCGCCCGGGGGCCCCUGAAGUGCGUCAAGCUGGACCGGCCUCGCUUCGAGCGCGUCCUGGGGCCGUGCUCGGACAUCCUCAAACGCAACAUCCAACAGUACAACAGCUUCGUGUCGCUGUCCGUCUGAGGGAGCGUCAGUCCUGCUCCGCCCCUGCACCUCCUCUUCUUUCAGACCCAGGGUCCACAAAUGCAAAUAGCUUCUUUUUUUUGUGUGUGUCACUUUGCUCCCGGUUCUUUUAGCUUUUUUUAGUCCGCGUUUUGUUUUGACUACACAAAUGAUUUUGCUGUUGCAACCUGUCACACCGUGGUGACUUUUAGCCACUCACCAGCGCUGCUGUUUGCUACCUUAUAAACACAGUUACAUCACGUUACUUAGCUUUUUAUUUUUAUUUUUUGCUGGUUACACUUUUGUUUUAAAUUUAAACUCGACGCAGGAGAUCUGCUCUAGGGUCUCAGACUGGUGAGACAAUCAGACCUUUAAAAUCGCUUCUUUUCCUGUUUGUUCUUUCAGAUGAGGUGACGACUGCUUCCUUGCUCUUUAAAAGUUCUCUUUUACAAGUUAGCUCGAUUAGAUACACAAAACAGAGCCUUUAAACUGUAGAGGGCGGGGAGUAUGUCAGUCUUUUUUUUUUAGGUUUCAACUAAACGUGAUGCUCCAGUUGCUGUUUUCGAUUCUCUCUCAGCGGGUACGAUGAGACAAUGAUGCGUCUGUUUUGCUUAGUUUGGGAGAGCUUGUACAAAUCCGUUUUUUUUUUUUUUUUUUGUUUAAGUUGUGCAGCUACCAGGCUAGUGCCAAAUGUUGAUUAUUGUCACACAGCGCAAAAAGAUGCAUAGCUGCAGAAAUGCAACACGUGUUCUGUUCCCUGGAGCUCCAACAGGAAAUACCCUCACUGUCCUUUUAAUCUGAACAACCAUACAAGAACUGCCUUGAACACUUUGAGGGGAAUAAAUACACGAUUAGAAAAGAAAACAGACGAGUAUUAAGCGAUUUUCAGUAUUCAUUUUAUUUAGUAUAUACCAAAUAACUUGGUCACUCUUCUGCUAUGAUUUAUAAUCUGAUGUUAUUAUACUAUAGUUUAAAUAUUCAUAGUUCUAUUAUUGAGAAAACUAUUAAAAACACACAAAAAAAACGUAUGGUUUUGCGUGGUGGUGAACUUUAAAAGAAUCUAUAUGUUUAACUGUCUUUUGUAAACACUUAUUUUUCCAUAAAUUCUAUUUUAGGUGUUCAGUGCCACAAAGUAAAUAAAUGACGACACAACAGUAUGUACUUGUAUUGUGUUAAAAAAAAAAACAUCACAGGAAAUCUUUUUGAGAAUAAAUCAAAAGGCUUAUCACAGGUUUAUUAAAGCAAGUAGUUUUCAGGGUGGGGGGCGGAUUUUUGGAGUAUUUAUGUAUCAAAAUGAGCUGACGGGCGGAAUGAGCCGGUGUUUAUUUCAGACUAGUGUCAUUGCUUCUUGCCUGUUUGAAAAGGUGGCUCUUUUCAUCCGAGUAGCUUGUGUGACCUGUUCUCUUUGCUUACCUGGCAUGAUGUUUAGGCAUCUAGUGAUCCGGUGGGAAUGGAAGUGUGUUUAAAAAAAAAAAAAAAGUCCUGCAGCUUGGUGCCGAAGCAGGAACUUUGUCAAAUAUUGGGUUUGUACUCCCUCGCUUAACUGCUUCAUGACUAUUUAGAUGGCAUCUGAUGUUAUUUUUUAUUUUUUUUGUACAAUGUUCCCCAAAUGGGACUGAGUUAUAGGCUGAACUUUUCAUUCCUGCCUCGCUGUCUUUUACCAGAAAUGACCUAUAAUCAGUCGUGUCUCUAUUUAGUCUCUUUGGUUGGUUGGUACCGUUUGCAGCUCGGUGAGAGGAACGUUCAUUUACCAUCUGUUCUCCCUAACCCUCAGGUUAUCCUCAUGGAUGUGGUGGCUUUGUGUCCAUUGACAACACAUCCUGUUUAUCCUCGUUUGACAGGAAAUGACUCUGUCAGGGUGAAAGGAUUCACAUUUUUGUGUAAAUAGCUGCAUCUUAGGGUUUUAGUCCAAUACGUUUGUAGCCACACUGCAGUCGUCCCGGUUUGCCUUAGCUUACUUAACCUGGGCUCACAUUAGUAGUCACUCCUGCUUCAGCCUGACUUCAGAGAGAGUGAUGGGUGUGCAGUGCAGAGAGCUGCAGGCCAUCAGAGGACCAUUCUUUUUCUAUUCUACACUGUAUUUAGUUUUGCCUCCUAUAUGUGCAAAGAUGUUGAUCCUUUUGGUAUAGAUUGUUCCAGAUGGCAGUUUAAGC